AUGGAUCAAUCAAAUGUCAAUAAUCUAUUCAACUGGCCUAAACCACGUUCAACUAAGGAGCUUAGAUCAUUCUUGAGAUUAUCGGGGUACUAUAGGAGGUUCAUACAGGGGUACGAAACCAUUGCUAAACCUCUUAUCAAGCUUUUAAAGAAGAAAGAAUGGGUAUGGACAAUGUCUAUCGAUGAAGCUUUCCAAGCUCUAAAAGUGGCCAUUAGUUCAGCCCAUAUCCUGGUGCUAUCUGAUUUUGACAAGGAAUUUUGUGUUGACACUGACGCCAGCGAUAUUAGAGCUGGGGCUGUCCUCCAUCAAUAG